GCGCGUGGCAGCAUGUCAGCCUGCGUUUGCGUCUGAGCCUCGAGGCGAGGACAUCACUGACCCGCCCUGUCAGAGGUACAACGCGACCCAAACGCCGAAGCGCACCAUAUUCUAGCAUGCGCCACGCUGCGUCUAACAUACAUGCGGCCUUUCGUGCUGCCCUCCACCACCGAGGAGCCGACGCCUUCAGCUGUCAAGCAGCGCGCCGCCGCCGGGCCCUAUUCGCGCACGCAUCGCAGUCUGCGCGCCGGCAACUCGUGGUACCAAGCCAAGGCUGAGCGUGCGCCCGAAGCGUACGCUGAGGCCGAGAAUCGGAUGCGUGAAGGCGCGAGGAGAAGAGCUUUGAUGCUCGGCGAGAAGCUCGAGGACGAGUCAGGGUCGAGCAAGGUGGCCGAUGCGUAUCAGAAGCCGAGCAAAGUCGUGCCGGAGUAUGACGAGGAAGAAGAGACGAGUCGCAGAGAGCAGAAGGCUAGAGUCGCUCGGGCGAUGGGCUACGAUCUCGUCGAUGCACCGAUGCUCUCGCUUAAGGGCAAGGAGAGGCAACGCGAGGAUGUCGAGGAGACCUCGCAUCGACGGCUGAAGAGCUCGAUGAAGGCGGAACCGGCAUCGAUCAAGCAGCACAGUGCAGCGCAUCGCCCAUCCGCUCGCGAGCUCGCCAUCGAGCGCGAGCUGAACGCUACGUCGUCGAAGCCCGACUUGAUCGACUUGACGCUGCCAUCGCCGCCUUCAGCGUCCAGCAAGCCCGCUCGGUCAUCCGUUGCCGCAUCGCCGUCGAUGUCUCGCAGCAUCUUACCGCGCGCACGCAGCUCACGUCGCACGAACGACGUCACGCCCACGCAGCUCGCGAGUCUACAAUCUGCUGUCUCGCUGUCUCGAGCGAGCCUGAGCGAUCCCACAAGCUCAUGCUACGGCAAUCGUCAGCGCGCCAGCGUCAUGACCUCGCCGUCUGCUGAUCGACGACUGCGGCCUCACAAGUCGUUGCCGGACAGCAAGAUGAGCGAAGGUCUCUUUCGCUUGCAUGUGCAUCAGCACAUCAUGACGCACUUCGCUGCUCCGACUGCGAGUGAUGGCAGCACCUCAUGGACCGAGUCGGAGCCAGACGACUACCUGGUUCUCCAGCCGGCUCACCAGAGGAAGCCUUCCUGCCCCGCUUUCACCGCUGCAGCCUUGACGGAGGACACUGCGCUCAGCGGAAUGGCCGAACGAGUCGUGCGCGUGCUUCUGCGGCGUAAGGCCGUCUCUGCCACCUUCUCGACACCAGCGCAAGCUACAGCGCCAAGCGACGGCGCAGCCCUGCGAGCGAGAGCAACGCGACUUUUUGACUGGACGCUCAAGCAGCUCGUUGCUGAAGGCACACUCGAGCAGAUCUCCCUGGCGGCCGAGAGCGCUCGCGCGAGUGCGUCGCCGGCUGAUAAGCUCGACGUGCAAGUGGGCGGUGGCGUCAAGCGAAGACUGGCUUGCAUCGACUCGAGCAGCAGAAAGAGUCAGCGUCUCGCCGUCUCUGCGUAUCGUCUGGUCUCAAGCAGCGCCUCCACCACCGCCUAAUUCACUCAGCCCCCUCUGCCUCUCACUGCACCCUGUACCAACACUGCACACGCACUCUCGAGCCCAUUGUACAUCACCCAUGCACUUUCAUUUCUCAUCGCGCUCUCUUCUCGCAGGCACACGGCGCCAGGCUAGAGUGACAGGGAGGAGCAGGGAGCAGCGUGACGACAAAAGGCACGAGUGGCCUGCAGAGUUGAGGGACACGGGAACAGUGAGGGGCGCAA